AUUCAUAGUGCCGUAGAGUCACGAAAACGCAGAAUUGAGAUAGACCCGAGAGAUGAAGAAGUUCCUGUUGUAAUGUAUGGAAUCGUUACAAAUGCAUUACAAUGGUAUUUCCUUCGUUGGGCAGGUUCCUUAGAUGAUCCAACAGUUGAUUUAUCCGGACCACAUAUUUGCGAAUUUGAUAGUAACAAUAUGGAACAAGUAAAGAUAAUUCUCGGCUUUAUUACCUCUAUCCUCCAGUAUCAAGUCCGAGGACAUGACGAUGACUCAAAAUCUGAAAAUGCUAAACUUAAAGCUGAAGUAGCGAAAUUAAGACAUGACAUCGAGGAAAUCAAACUACAAACCCGAGUUAAUACUAAUGAACAGGAUGCAUCUCUUAUUGAAGAUAUUUCACAGUUCUCAGCUUGUUUAGAAUCACCGGUAACCCUUGAGGCCCAAAGGAGCACUAGAUGGACAUCCUCCAAUUCACUGCCUAUCAAAGAUCUCUCUGAUAAGAAAUAUAGUAUGAUACCUCAAUCAUGUAAUGUAAAAACCGUGACAAAAUGUCACGAUCAAAAUUAUAUACUUGACAAUUCUGAUAUUAUCUAUAUUGAAAUAUCUGAAUCCGACAAUCAAAUCGUAGAAGGUUUAAUACAAGAAAUGACCUGUAAUCAAACACAAAGUAUUGUUUCUCCCGAAAUCAACUCUAUAUCUUUGAAUAAGUCUUAUCUGGACAAUUUACCAAAAGCUGAAAUAUCAGCAAAGUCUUCAUCAGAAGCUCAA